AUGUAUCAGUCCAACAAUCAACAUGAUGAUGGCCACGAAAAUCGCGAUCCCGGCGGCGACGCACGCGGUGUCCAGCCCCUUCUCUCUCCUCUCUUUCCCCUCCCUACACCGCGCCUUCAUCCUCGAAAACGCCGCAUAGACGUCCCUCUCCCGGCCGCCGCCGCCGCUCGGCCUCGUUCGCCCGGCCGCCAUGGCCGCCUGAAUCACCCCGAGCCCCUCCAUCCCGGCCAGGACCCUCCCCUCCACCCCCACCACCUGCAUAUUCGCCUCCACCACCCUCAUCCCGCCGCCGCCGCCGCCGCAGCGGCACGCAACCGCCACCGCGCACUCCGCCAGCCUCCCGCCGCCGGCGUCCACCACCACGGCGUACCGCAGCUGCAGGUCCCCCGUCAGCCAGUGCCGCCGCGCCACCACCGCCCUCCGGCUCGCCACGCUGGCCGCCCUCCCGGCGGCCGGGUCGAUCAGGAUCCAGCUCACGAGCAGGCGGUCGGCGGCGCUCUCCUUGGGGUCGAGGAGGUCCAGCCGGAGGGGGGUGCAGAGGAACCAGGGCGAGGACGUCUCGGUGACCAGGACCUUGGAGUAGAUCGGCCGGCCGUCGCAGCUGAUGUCCACGGCGGAGAUGAGCUCCGGCGUCUGCGAGAAGUGGCGUCGGUGGAGGGGGGGUUCGGCGGCGGGGCGGUGGCGGAGNGGAGGGAAGGGAAGGCGUCGGAGAAGAGGGAGCGGUGGGCGGAGGGGAAGGCGGAGACGGCGGCGCGGACGCGGGGGUCGGCGGUGGAGGGCCAGGUUGAGUGGCAGAUGUCGCGCCAGAGGCGGUCGUCGCGGCAGAGGGGGAGGAGUUGGGCGGAGGAGCAGGCGGCGGCGGCGAGGGUGGAGCCGUCGAGGCGGUUGAGGAUGUGGGAUUGGAUGAUGUCUGGGUGGAGGGCGGUGAUGGGUGGUGGUGGUGGAGAGCCGGAGCGUUCGCCGCCGCCGUGGUCGGUGGUGGCGGGGGAGGUGGGAGAUGGGGACAUAGAUAUUUUUUAUUUUCCGUUUGGUAAUUGA